AUGAAGCUCCGCAGCCAAGAAAGCGUGCCGAUUGCCCGGUCACCGAACCACAAAGUGUCACAAAAGAUGACAAGAUCUGCAAGCGAAACAAAACAUGCACGCUUAGCAAAAGCAAGCACCACACCUAGCCCUGAAAGUUCCAAAGAAAUAGUCAAGUGCACCAUCAACACAGAGGCACACAUCAGCAACACGCCGAAGCCGACUACCCCAAGUCAAGCAAGUGCAGCAACGAAAAUAACUUCCACCAAGGCUCCCGCUCAGCGCAGAUCAAGCAGUCCAAAGUUUGCCGUCGAAGCAAAGGCUAGCAUCAGAAAUGACACAGAGCCAACCGACAAAACCGUAGCAAAGUCUACGGCCGAAGCAGAUGGUCGCUCUGUAACAGCAAGAGAACCCCUUUCCCGCUCAAGCUCGCUCAAGCCAACACCUAAGAACUCAACAUCCACAGUCGAACCCACGCGCUCCAUCAAAAACACAGCACAGCUCCCGGGUGCGCCAGCCGGCCGGCUCAUAGAGUACUCCCUCUGGUGGAGAUGCCCACGCGGUCACGCCAACAAGACCACGGCCCUCUCAGACUUCGACCUCUUCGACCAAGACGACUACUUCACAUGUAGCCGCCGCAUCGGCAACAGAGGCCGGUGCGAAAGAGGAUUCAUGCACCGUCCGCACGUGCUAGGCUUCUCGCCCUCAAGCGAGAGAGCCGUGACAGAGGAGCUCGCCGGCGACGAUGAUGAGACGGUGCUCAGCACCAGCACGCUCGUCCGAGAGACGACCGCGACGGAGGGUCGAGAGACCGUGACGACUGUGCGCGCUGCCGCAGGGCAGCCUGUCGUCGUUGAGCGGCGAACCUUGCAUCUGGACGGAGACGGUUUUUUGGAGUGGCGUGUGGACGGAGAGGGCUCCGCGGGUGUUGCGGUGCCGCACCAGCCGGCAUGUGCUCUGACACACUCACAGCAGCCAGAUACCAGGCUGACUGCCCCUGUCGGGCCAGACAGUGAGCUAGCAGGUGAGCAUCUGUCGGUCGAGACCCGCGAGGAGAUCAGGAAAUGUGGCAGCCAGGAGGCGGUAUCGAUGUCGGCGGCACCAGCUGCCUUUGUGCUGGGCAAGAGGGGGAGGGAUGCUGCGGGUCCGACCCAGUAUAGCCUUCGCAAAAGGCGGCGGGUGGUGGGAGACAAAGAGGAUUCUGGGGAGGAGGUAGUCCUUGGCCUAGAUAGCCAGGGGCUUGAUGGCGCGUAUUGGAAGAGCUGAUGAGGGUUGAUUUGUAUAGAUAGCGAGG